GGUAAACGCCAGAGGUCGCAGCUCGUUUUGCGAGUAUCUUCAAGUCCAGAACCAUUCCACGCUCCAAAAUCAAUUGCAGUCAUUGUUAAUGGCAGUCUUGUACCCUCCGAAACGAAGAAACGCUACCAAUGUCUUCAUCAAGGAUGCUCGAAAUCGUAUACCAAACCAUCUCGACUAGAGGAGCACGAGAGGUCUCACACGGGGCAGGUAAGGUAUUCAACCUGCGGCAAUACGCGUACACUAAAAGAAGUCAGCGUCCUUUCACUUGUGACCAAUGCAACAAGUCUUUUCUCCGCGAGAGUCAUCUCCACGCCCAUUUCCGUAGCCAUCUCCCAGACUCGGAAAAACCUCUUCAUUGCGAGCACCCCAACUGCGAGAAGAAAUUUUGGACCGCGCAACAUCUUCGUGUCCAUACUGAUUGGCAUAAUGGUGCAAAACCGUUUACUGUGCGGUUCAAAUCAACACAUAUGCCGCAGAUUCUAACCUUUCUCCAGUGUCCAGAAGAUAACUGCGGCGAGUCAUUUGCCAAAAACCACCAACUAAGAUCCCACCGAUGUACUGCCCAUGCUGCACCAGGCACUAAACCAUACCAAUGCGAACACGAGGGUUGCGAUAAGUCAUUUUCUACUAGUCAGCAUCUACGCACGCACUCCAAAGUUCAUGAUGGUAAUAUAUCGCGCUCGUUUGCUCAAGGCUUGCACUGAUAAUGACUGCAGAUAAACGCUACACUUGUGCCAAUUCAAGUUGUUUGUCCAGAGGGAGUCUAACCUUUUUCCCGACUUGGACCGCGCUACAACAUCACAAUCGCACAUUCCACCCACCUACAUGCGAUCACCUCUCCUGUAGCGGUCGAUCCUUCACUUCUCAGAAGGGUCUGCGAGGGCAUAUGAAGCUUCACGAGCAACAAGAUGCCGAAGCUGCAUUCGACGCUGCCGCACUUUCGGAAAAUGACGAUCGACCCUGGAAAAAGCGUCGUGGAGGCAACUUUGGUCGAGAAUGGAAGUGUCAAGUUGAGGGGUGCGACAAGGAAUUCAAGUCGGAAAAGGCUUUGACUACGCACUUCAAUAUUACCCAUCUUGGGCGUAGGGAUUUCCAAUGCUCUACCUGCGAACAAACCUUCGGUUAUAAGCAUCUUCUCCAACGACAUGUCGCUAAAUGCCACACUACUCCUUCUGAGCCCCCAAGUUCCGGAGACGAGGAUGAAGAAAUUCAGCCAGUCGUUCCGCCCCAAUUGGACAUUGGUGCUAUAACUGGUGUUACUUACACCCGGGGUGCUCUUGAGAAGCUUGCUGCCACAACAGCUCUUCGUUGUCCGCAUCCAGACUUGCAUGGAUUAGACCCGGACUUGGGGAUUCCGACGUCAACCCCCUGCGAGUACGUCUUCAGUCGCGCAUAUGAUUUGCGUCGCCAUCUCCAGGCGACACACAACGUGGUUCUCGACAAAGAAGUCGUCUUGAGAUGGGUUCAGCGGGUCAAGAACGCUCGUUGA